UGAGGUCAACAUGAGCAUGUCAUCUCUUACCAUGUGACUGUGAGGGUCUUAUCGCUUCACCCUCCCUGGCAUCAGUAUACCAACCACCAAAAUCAGGGCUCACCUACAGCCCUCAGGCAUCAUGGAAUGUCUGGACUUAAGGGAUCUCUUCACCGUAGCCCAUUUUAUAAAGGCCAGGUGUGACCACGGCCUGAAAGCUGGUGCAACCAAGGAUAAGAAUUAUGUCUUUUUUGAGGUGGAGAUCCUGGACCCCAAGAGCAAGGCGCAACUCUGCUACCUGGAUAAGGUGGAGCCCAACGCCACCAUCGCAGAGAUCAAGACAUUGCUGCACAAGAUUUAUCCCAAGUUUUAUCCAUCAAGACAGGCACUGAAGCUGCAUCCUGAGGGAAAGGCCCUCAGUGAUGAUGAUGUGCUGGAGGAUUUACCAGUUGGCACGACCGCAACAAUGUUCUUUCAGGACCUCGGCCCACAGUUAGGUUGGACUAUGGUAUUUCUGGCAGAGUGUCUUGGGCCGCUUUUCAUUUACCUGCUAUUCUACUAUCGGCUUCCAUACAUCUACAGGCAUGAGUAUGACUACACCCAAAGUCCAUUGAAAGUUGUCAAACUGGCUUGCUGGUGCCACUCUCUUCAUUACAUUAAGAAGCUUGUGGAAACUAUUUUUAUCCAUCGCUUUUCUGACGGAACAUUACCUUUACGCACCAUCAUGCUGCUCUGUCUGUACUACUGGGGAUUUGCAUCAUGGCAGGCAUAUUACAUCAACCAUCCACUCUACACACCACCAAGCUAUGGGAGACUCCAGAUCUACUCUGCUCUGGCAAUGUUUUUGGUCUGUGAGUUUGGCAAUCUCUCAGUUCAUCUGAUUCUGAAUCGAAUCAGCUGUAAUGGGUCCAGGCCUACAGAGAUUCCUUAUCCCACAAAGAAUCCAUUGACUUGGCUGUUUUUCUUCGUGUCCUGCCCAAACUACACAUAUGAGGUGGGAUCAUGGAUCAGCUUCACAGUCAUGACACAGUGUGUUCCAGUUGGAGUCUUCACAUUUUUGGGGUUUAUUCAGAUGACUAUAUGGGCUCGGGAAAAGCAUAAAACCUACACCCAGCAAUUCGAAGACUAUCCUGACCUGAGAACGGCCAUCAUUCCACUCUUCUUCUAGAUCUGUUGGAUGAACCUACAUGCACUUUUGUCAUUGGAUUCCUCAUCAAACAUAAUAUUGUAAGCAGCACUGUACUCUCUGAAGUUUGAAAUGGUAAUUAGUAAUUACUAGCAAUUACAUUUAUUAUAAAGAGGCUUACUGAGCAUAAACUAAGAUUAUACAGCAAAGUCAAGGAAGAUAUACUAACAGUGACUAAUACUUCAUGUGCAGGAGGCGUAUGUAUCACAAACUUAAACAUUUGCUUUACAACAAAGAGUGUAAGUUGAGUCCCGAUUGAAGGACUUCAGACCAUCAAGCAGAAAACAUGAUGUACAGUGUGAUCCUCUUUUAUUGUUAAAUAUUCAUUUUUGUAUUACAUUAAAACAUUUUGCAGAACAUAUCUAAGUGUUUUUGUAGUAAAGAAUAUUACUGAAGAUUUUGUUAUUUCCCAGAAAUAAGUGAUUGUCAGUUUUCAAACGUCAGUAUUUUCAAGAUAUUGGUAUAAGAACAAUCUUACAGAAUAGUGUUUAUUGUUAUUGAAAACCAUCUGUUAUAUUAUUGUAUAUUAAAACUAUAUUUGCUUAAAGGGUUAGUUCACCCAAAAAUGAAAAUUCUGUCAUUAAUUACUCACCCUCAUGUCGUUUCACACCCAUAAGACCUUCGUUCAUCUUCGGAACACAAAUUAAGAUAUUUUUGAUAAAAUCCGAUGGCUCAGUAAGGCCUCCAUUGCCAGCAAGAUAAUUAACACUUUCAGAUGCCCAGAAAGCUACUAAAGACAUAUUUAAAGCAGUUCAUGUGACUACAGUGGUUCAACCUUAAUGUUAUGAAGCGACGAGAAUACUUUUUGUGCACCAAAAAAACAAAAUAA